UGAAAAAGUGUGUUAUUUCCGCGAUUUUGUGCGCUUCCAAGCAAUUUUUCUGCCUUUACAUCAACUGUGUUUGUUUAGUGCCGGCGGAAAAUGUGGAGGACGCGCUAAUUGAAUGAAAUCACCGGCAGAUUUACUCUUGAUAAGGUUAUGUAUGAUGGCAGUGCAUCUCAUACUUGGAUUAUGAGGAUACUUGACUUCCCCUGAAAGCUGUGAAUGAAGUAUCAUUUAAACAUCACUGUCCGUCUCUUCCUCCAAAUAGCCUGAGACUCAUCAUGUUUCCGGAACCGGGUAUCCUCGGCAGCAAUUUCUAUGAUAUAUUUAAAGUGUUGCCAAACCAGCAGAGGAAAUCAGACUGGAAGAAAUUGAAAAAACCUGGCUCCUUCAAAAUGAGGGAUAAAAGGAAAAUGAAAAUGGAUGUUUCAAAUAACAUUGGUGUAGAGAGUGAGACACCUGAAGUAAGCCUUCCAGGUAAUGCUUCUUCAUUUGCCGUUUUUGCAACUCUGCGCUUGGCUGUUCUGGAACGAUGGAUGCGACAAGCGUGUGAAAUUUAUGCCAGCUCCUCGGCCUGCUCCCCUCAUCUGGCCCCACAGCAACUCUCAGAUGAUGAAACAGAGGAUACUUCUACUGAAAAGACCAAAGAAACUACACCUAAAAUUCCGAAAAUUGUCGGAGUAGGAUUGCGCAGUGUUUUUGAAUUGAUUCGUGAAAGCCGUGCUAGUCAUCCCGCUUUGUGUACAAAAGCUCUCCUAGCAUUGCUGGAUGUACUCCAAGGUCAACAGCCAGAGGGUUUGAAGAAUGAGCCAAUUCAAGUCAUCGAGCCAUUGUUUGAUUUGCUUUUGGAUUUGGCAAUGCAUCCGUUGCCGGAUUUGGAGACAAGCAGUGAGGGAAAUGCAGCUAAUCAAUUAACAGCAGUCGCAUGUGCAUGUCUCCUCAGUCUAGUUACUGUGCGUGGGGAUACUGGGAAACUACUCAGAGCGGUCUCCUCCCUUCUCAUGUGUCCAAAACCUGUGGCUUCCCAAAAUAUUAUCUUACCAAAUGUAUUGCUGGAAUUAGACCGGAGUGUGUAUACAGUUUUGCUUGGAAAAUUAGUUUGUCCUGAUUGGAUCACUCACGGCGUUCCCAAAUCAUCUUGCAUAUCAACAUUCACUUUUAAAGCUCCAGAAAGUAUAGCAACUCCUCUGUCUGUCAAUUCAAUGGCAAGUGAUGGCCAAUUUUUGUACGUUCACUGUUCACAAGGACUCUUCAAAAUUGGUUCCGGUUAUAGUGGCACAAUCAAAGGCCAUGUUUAUGCGUACAAAGAUAAAUUCCAUGAAAAUGAAAAAAGUUGGCUGGGCUUUAUUUCGAAUUCGCUGUACUUUCGUGGCGAAAAUAGUAGUAUGGAGUGGGAAGUGAUUGACCGCAAUAGUUUAGCAGUGACUCAAGUCAUCUCCAUGUCUUCUAGUUACUCUCCUUGCGAUAUUUCAUCUGGAGUUAUGUUCACUGAUUGCAACCAGUUUGCUGUUAUUUCUGUAGCUAAAGAUGAUGGAUUUGUGGUGCGCUACAUGAACCCUAAUUCCCCAAGCACACUGUCUACUGAUCUGCCGCUAAAAUUAGCUCGGAAAACGGUUGAAGUCUUUGGAUCCGCAACUUUUGAUGAGGAGACCAACAUACAUCCUUUGCAUACAGGGUUUGAUGAUGAGAUUGCAGCUGUUGUUUCGGGCAAAGAAUUCUCACUUGCCAGAACAACAAAUGGCAAGGUUUUUUACAGUGGCAAAGGCUCGGUUCUGGGCAUCAAACAAAGUUGGCCACGCACAGGGCGUUGGUCUGAACUUAUCAUUCCGAAAGCAAGCAAGAUCAUUCAAAUCGCGGUCGGACAUGAAGGAUCUCAUGCCAUUCUAGUCACAGAAGAUGGUUCCACUUAUUUUACAGGAACUGCUCGCAGGGGUGAAGAUGGAGAUCAAAGCAAAGUCCGGCGACAAGCUAAAACUGUGAAACCAAAGAAAAUGGCCAAAAUGGAUGGACAUUUUGUUGUCAAUGCUGCAUGCAACAAUGGAACAACAGCAUUGGUCACACGGGAGGGUGAGCUCUUCAUGUUCGGAAAAGAUACAUCAUCGUGCGAUCCUGCCACUGGCCUUGUAAGUGAGUUGAAAGAUACGCAGAUAACACAAAUUGCCCUAGGGAAAGCUCAUGCUGUCGCUUUGACCAGUAAAGGUCACAUUUACACGUUUGGAAUUAACAAUAAGGGCCAGUGCGGAAGAGAGUUCACUCCUCUAGUCAAAGAUUCAACUCCUCAUGUAGUGGCAAUGGAAACAGCUGUAGAAGAAGAUGCGGAGGAUGGUGAUGAUUCAAGUCAGGAUAUGAUGUGUGAGCCAGGAACACACAAGUGGAAGCACGAUCUGUGCAUGGUGUGCACAAUUUGUCGAGAGUGCACAGGAUAUAGCAUCAGUUGUCUCAGCAGUAUGCGCCCUGAUCGUAAUCCUGGCCAGGAGUGCGGUUGUGGUGAGGGUGAUUCUGGCUGUGAGGAAUGCGGCUGUUGUCGUAUUUGUGCACGAGAAAAUGUGGAUAACUCUGAACUAGCUAUUUUGGGUCCAAGUGGAGCUGGUGAUGUUGCAGGCAUGAUGCGCUUAGAUCUAAUAUUCGGUGGGCGUCAUGGAUCUAGACUUCAAGAUCAUCUGCAACGAAGACUCGAUGAGCGAAAACAAAGGCAGAGAGGUCGAAUUGGAAUGGUCCGGCAUGCAGCAAAUACAAGAGCUAGAUUGAACCAACGUGCUGCAGCAGGUUCAGCUCAGUCAUCUAUAACCAAACACAUCGUGUCCAAAUCCCAAAUCUCGUCUUCAAGCAAUAAUCUAAUAGUAGAAGAUGGAGUAAGUGGAGGCGGAGGAAGCGACAUUGAAAAAGAUGCAACUCGCGUGACGUCUUUACCUCCUGCUAGGGUCACUCUGCCAUCUGCUAGUCCAGUCGUUCAAAUUGCAUGUGGACUUCAUCACACUGUUGUUUUGACGCAAGAUGGAGAGGUUUUUACAUUUGGAAGCAAUAAUUAUGGACAGCUUGGGAUGGGAGAUGUACAGGUCCGUGGUGGCCCAGUCUGUGUCAAAUUCCCAACACAAGCAAUCCAUGUAGCAGCAGGCAGUAACCACACGGUUGUUGUCUCAGCCAAAGGAGAAUUAUAUUCUUUCGGUAGUCAUCAGAAAAAUCAAUUAGGGCGUGGGGCACCAUCAAAGGAGAGUAGUCGGAACCACUGGUAUAGUGUACCAGGAUUGGUGCCACAAACAGGUGCCCGUUACGGACGACGAGCCACCUGGGUUGGUGCAUCUGCCGAUCAGACUUAUGUCCGAAUUGAUGAAAGCCUCAUCAAUUCCAUCAGUCUGAAACACUCUGCACUUGUCGCCAACAAAUCAUGCAUAAUGUUGCUGCCGACACAGUGUAGCCAAUCAAAGCAAUUUAAAUGUCUCGUCAUCAGUAAGCGAGAUGGUAACUGUAUAUGGUUUAGUGGUGACAAUCAAGUAGAUUUUAGCCGAUGCACAGUUUGCUUGGAUCCUUUGUAUAACGUCUUAUGGAGUUAUCAACUCAAUGCGAGCAAUAAUCAGAUCUCCUGUUACAACGUAAUCGCAAGUGAAGCACCCAUUCAGAACAAUCACUCGCCAUCAUUGCUGAACUGUGAGCUGACAUUGCCGUGUGUGCCGGGUACAUCCGUUUCCUCUGCCCAAAUUGCACUUCAUCUUUUGGCCUCACUCGACACCCUAACUGGUUCACAGCAUCUUCAGCAUCAACCGCAACUCAGUGAUGACAAAAUGCUUCCUGUUAGCAAACAUUAUUCACGCGAGGACUAUUGCUAUGUAAAUCGAUUCGAAGGUCAUGGAGGAGGAUGGGGUUAUUCUGGGCAUUCAACCGAAGCAAUUCGCUUCAUGGUCGACUCCGACAUUUUGUUGGGUGGUUUUGGUUUGUUUGGUGGUCGAGGAGAAUACACAGGCAAAAUCAAAUUAUUUGAUAUUGGCAUGGAGGGAGGUGAUCAGGAAGGCGACGGAGAAUUACUAGCAGAAACAGAAGAAAUUGCGUACGAAUGCGGCCCUCGUCAAAAGUUUCCUCUUUUUUUCGAGGAAUCCGUGCCAUUACAGGCCAAUCGAUGGUAUGUUGCAUGGGCAAGAGUGAGCGGUCCUUCAAGUGACUGUGGCUCUGGAGGUCAAGCAAUUGUCUCAGCUGAUGAUCAGGUUGUAUUUUACUUCAAAACAUCAAAAAAGUCUAAUAAUGGAACUGAUGUGAAUGCUGGACAAAUUCCUCAAUUGCUUUAUCACUUGGUAACGCCAGAAAGUCAAGCCCCAACACGUCAUGUGGAUUCAGCAAAAGAGGUUUACAUUCUCAGUCGGGAAUUCUCCAGAACUGCUUCAAAGGAAUGUUUUGAAUCGCUGCUGUCGCUCCUGGAAUGGAGUUGGGCCUCGUAUAAAACUAGCCUUGUAGAUGCCAUCCAACACAACAUUGGGUCUGUAAAUCAUAUCCUUGCAACACUUGAACUCAAGUAUCUUGUAUACAUCUGUUGUGCCUGUCUCCGCUUACUCAGGAUUUACACCACUGAAAUCUACCCUAAUCAAGUGUCUCAGAAAAAACGUGUUCUGGAGUCGGUGCUUCUUGCUGAAAGUGUUGGGGAUGUCCGAGCUCUUCUCCGUCAAAUUCUUACUGACAAUCUUCCAUCAAGUUACCGUAGUUGUAAAUCUAGCAAAAAUCACAGUGCUAGCAGUAUUUUCAUAAAAUUGACAAAAGAAAUCUUAGAUGAGUGUCAUGAAACAUUUGUAUCAUGCUAUCAUGUUUUCUACCCGACUGUCUACCUUAAAUGGACCUCUCUCUGUGAUCUCUUGUCCUCUACUGAAAAAGUAAGCGUGAUGAAAUAUGAUCGCCUGUUAAGUGCCGUGUUUGCCGCUCUUUGUAAUCCUACUGUGCGGCUGCGAUCCACUUUUCCAAUUUUCUCAACUGUAAUGGAAUGCAAUGAGUCAUCAUUGAAGCGUCAAUUAUCUCCAGCUGACAAUUCUGGUUUACCCAUGAUGCCUUGCUUAGACACACAUCACUACCCAAUCCUGGUGGAACAGAUGAGUUACAGAAGUCAGUUGGAGGGAGUCAAAGCGCAGAACACUUGGACUUUCAAAGAUGUCUUAGAUCGGCUCCUAGAUCUUAUCUACAUACCUGUGAUGCAAGCUCUGUCACAAGAAAAAGUGAGCCAUUCAAAGCAGCUAGCGCACUACUGCUGUCAACUCAUCGCAAGGGUUGUCGCUGAAUUGACUGCUCAAACAACGGGUGUUGAUGAGGAUGUAGAUGGUGGCUGCGGAAGGGUACUGUACACAACACCUUCUCGUUUUAGUCGAACCAACCCUACGAGAACAUGGAAUACUGGAAACGGAUCCCCUGAUGCCAUAUGCUUUUCAGUGGACCGCGUCGGUAUUGUCAUUGCUGGAGUGGGUGUUUAUGGUGGUGCUGGCAACUAUGACUAUGAACUUGAAAUCCUAGACAAUCAAAGCACCGUAGGUCAAGAAACGCAGCGAUGGAACAGCUUGCAAAUGACACGAGGCACAUUCAGUUCAGAUGACGUCAACAACGAAGAUAUUGCUGAUAUCAAAUUUGACUUUCCCAUUUUCAUUAAAGAAAAUGUCAAGUAUGCAAUUAGAUUACGAAACCAUGGUGGGCGGACAAGUAAUGGAGAUGGUGGCCUCAGCUCUGUCCGUGGGCCGGACAACACACUUUUCACUUUCUCAACUUGUUCUCUAAGUUUCAAUGGCACCACGCAAACGCGAGGGCAGAUUCCGUACAUCCUUUAUUACAGUGAUCCUACCGAGCAGGAAUGCGCCGGAGGAAGCAAAAGUCUGCUUGAAGCUCAGGCAAGGAAAAUAACGCUGAACAUUGCGUCAGCUGUUGUGUCUCGCACAGUGGAGCUCUUCACGCUGGCAAGAGAGAAGGAAGACUUCCAGACUUUGAGUGGAGUCGACCUUGUCACCACUCUUUUGCCCCUCAUGUUGGCUCACAUCGGACCGCUUGCAUCGUCUGAGCCCAGGUGUGGAGUUCAAGUUCUGAACCUGAUCCAGGACCUUCUACCGCAUGUCUGUGCCUUAAACUUGAUGGCUGGAUCGGUACGAUUGUCCGCGUCUGAGGAUACCACCACUGAUACUACUACAACAUCCCACCACUAUGCCUGGGUAGAAAGUGACCAUCCAUACAAGCCUGCUACAGUUAGCAACUACAGAGUGCUAUUUCCGGAAAGUGUGCAGUGGAUGUGUUUGGAGUUUGACUCUCGCAGUGGGACUGCACAAAGCGAGGAUUCGCUUCAACUAUACAUUCCUGCAUCAGCCGCUUCAGUACAGCAGGCACUUGACAGCGAGGUUGAGGAGAUUCCACCCUACUGGCCAGUAUUGCACCGGCUUAGCUCUCAACCAUCUCAUUGGCCACAGUCUGCCAUUGUUCUACCAGGAAAUGAGGUGAUAUUUUCAUUAGAGACCGCAAGCGACUACAUCAAAGAUGACAAGGCAUGCACUUUUGGUUUUCGAUGCCUCGUCAUAGGUUAUGAGUGGCGAUCUAAUUCAAAUGAUGGUCUUAAACAACUGGAAACGGAACUAUCAUUUCUUGGUGGAAUGUGCACUGCCUCUCUCAUGAAGAAAGAUCUUUCUUUGCCGUUUACAAUAAACGGUGAAGAUGUAGACUCUGUAGACGAGGAAACAGAAAUGGUUUGCAAUCAGCAUAUGUCUCUACUGGGGAAAGGCUUCGCUUUGGCCAACCCGCCCACUGUGUCUCAAGCUCUCGAUGGGAUUCUGCCAUUCAGGUAAGAAACUUUGAUUUCACCCCUCUUGUGUAUUUAUUUUCUUUUCAUGUAUUUCUCUCAGGUUCCAGCGGUGAAACCAUUCUGUGCCCAUGAAUCUAUAGGUGUGGUCAGAUCGAUGUAAAAUCAAGGUGGUUUGAAAUUAAUGGAGAUCCAAAAUACUAAAUAAUUAAAGUUCUCUUCUCAUUUCUUAUUCUUUUUCCUUAUUGCCAAGCUUAAACAUUUUUUAACAGCUUUAUUUUUGUGCUUGAUCAAUCUAAUUUGAACGCUUAAUCACGACAAGCUCCGCAUCCUACUGUUUCCUGAAAUUUUUACCACCAUUCUAUGAAUUAGGCUCAAUGAAAUUCUGACUCUUCGAAUUUAAUUAUCAGUAAGAAAACUAUAGUAUUUGUUUCUUUCUGCCUCAUUCGGUUCAGAUUAGGUUUGAGAUAGUUGACUAAACUGGCAUCAUUCAAGGUUUUCUUGCUUGUGCUUGCCAAUUUUUUUUAAGUGAUAUUGCUGUAUUGAAAAGCACAAAGUUUAGGCUAAUUUUUGAGUCCUACAAACAUUUAAAAUGCUGAUGUUACCUUCAAAUCAUUUUCAUUUCCGUGCAACUACUCUCAGUUUUGGCCUGAUGUACUGUUCAAGAAAGCAUUAAUUGAGAAAAUCCGUCUCUUCUCUUUGAAGUAGGGCUUUUUAUCAUGAGUGCUCUCAUGACUCUUAAAUCAUCUCCUCCCAUUAAGAUAAAUGUGAACUUAGCUC